GGCCACUCUGAGUUUGUUUCAAAAAAUCAGCUGUUGUGCUUGCUGCGCGGGCGUAAGUCCCGCUACGGUCACACUGUGCUUGAUCAGCAGUCGUAGCCAGCUGCAGCUGACUGAUAUGAUAUUGUAUUUUUCCUUAUUUAUGGCAAAAUUGGUUUAAAUUGGCGACAACGAAUUGAGGUGUAUAGUGUUUUGUUUACGAGCUCGACGAGAGUUGCCUGAACAGAAUUAUCGAAUUAUCAAUCCAUGUGCGGAAGAACUUGCUUAACCCUAGAUCCAGAUCAGGUGCUGUGUGCUUGCAAAUACCAAAACAGCAGCGUCAAGAAGGAAACUGAUGCGCAUAAAGAGGAAAAAGAUGAUUCUAUCGCGCCUGAGGAUGAAGAAAGAAAAGGGAUGGAAACACCAGAGUGGCGCGCGGAAUUCAAUUUGGGUCGACGCUACCAGGCAUCCUACAACAUAGCUCCCACAGAUAUAACGCCCGUCGUGGUUUCUGCGGCCCACUUUUCGGACCAAGAGGAUCAGAAAUGCGCUCGCAUUGUGAUGCCCAUGAUGUGGGGCAUGAUUCCAUUUUGGCACAAGGGCGACUACCGCAAGCAUGGCCUCACCACCAACAACUGCCGGCUGGAGCACCUGAUGGACUCGAAACUCUAUCGAGGACCCUUUAAGCGUGGCCAACGUUGUGUGGUGCUCUGCGAAGGUUUCUACGAAUGGCAGACGGCUGGACCAGCCAAAAAACCAUCCGAGCGGGAAGCCUACCUAAUCUUUGUUCCCCAAGAGACCGAUGUCAAGAUCUACGACAAGACCACUUGGACGCCAUCGAAUGUGAAACUCUUGCGGAUGGCCGGGCUGUUUGAUGUGUGGGAGGAUGAGAGUGGCGACAAAAUGUACAGCUACAGUAUUAUUACCUUCCAGUCCAGCAAAAUCAUGGACUGGAUGCACUACCGAAUGCCAGCCAUACUAGAAACCGAGCAGCAAAUGAACGAUUGGCUGGACUUUAAGCGUGUAAGCGAUUCGCAGGCCUUGGCCACUUUGCGGCCUGCUAAAUGCCUAGAAUGGCAUCGGGUCACCAAGCUGGUGAACAAUUCACGCAACAAGAGCGAGGAAUGCAACAAGCCCAUCGAGCUGGCCGCAAAACCGGCCAAGCCACCCAUGAAUAAGACUAUGAUGGCCUGGCUAAAUGUCCGUAAAAAGCGCGAGGAACAAAUCAAGGCUGAGCAGAGCGAGCCCAGUGAUGAGGACACAGAUAGUGCAACGAAGCGCAAGAAUUCGUCGGAUGCGAAUAGUCCUGCCAAGCGUCAGCGUUUCAGCGAUUUCAAAAUGGCACUCCAGAAACCUAGCUGUGGCGGCAGCGAAAGCGAAAAUAAGUCCUCUCCUCCAUAAUAGUUAGUAGUACAUUAAGUUUAUUUUUCAUUAAAAACCGAAAUAUUUGUUCUCAAUACCCCAAAACUCUAAGCAUAAUCGUUGAUUUUGUGGCUUAAUUACAAAAAAAGGGGUGGACUUAGCGACUAAACGAUUUGUGUAAAAA